GCCAACAUAUUCCGAGGGCCGUGGCAAACGCAAAUCCAGAUCCCGAAGCCAGCUGCGAAAUUCCACGCCCCCCAAAAGCCCAUAAAACCCACGCUCCCCCUUCCGCCUCGCCGAGCGCCAGACAGAAGACAGAGACAGACCCCCUCGGUCCAAAGCCGACGUUUUUCGCCAUGGAAGCCGCCGCUCGGGAACGGCCCGCCGCCCACCUUCCGCCGCCGCACUCGCCGGUGCAGAUGCACAUGCCGGCGCCGCAGGUGUCGGCGGACCCGUCCAACCCUUUCCCGACCACCUUCGUCCAGGCCGACACCACCUCCUUCAAGCAGGUGGUCCAGAUCCUCACCGGCACGCCGGAGACCGCGGCGGCAGCGGCGGCGGGAGGGGCCGCGGGGGCUCCUCCGGCUGCUGCUGCUGCUGGGCCGCCGUCUCGGCCCGCGCCGGCCCCCGCGGCCACGACCGGGCCCAAGAAGCCCGCCUUCAAGCUGUACGAGCGGCGAGGGAGCAUGAAGAGCCUCAAGAUGCUCUGCCCGCUCCUCCCUUCCGCCUUCGCCAACGGGGGAGGAGCCUCCUCCUCUUCCGCCGCCGCCGGCUUCUCCCCGCGUGGCUUCUCGCCGCGCGGCAUGGACGUGCUGUCGCCGAGCAUGCUGGACUUCCCCUCACUGGCGCUGGGGAGCCCCGUGACGCCGCUCCCGCCGCUGCCGGGGUCGGAGGAGGCCGCCGCCGCCGAGGACCGCGCCAUCGCCGAGAAGGGCUUCUACCUCCACCCGUCGCCGCGCGGCAAUGCCGCCGCCCGCGGCGACAUGAUGCAGCCGCCGCCCAGGCUGCUCCCUCUCUUCCCCUUGCAGUCGCCCACAGGCCGGCAGUGAAGGCGCUGCCGCUUCUGUCCUGGCCUGGCUAGGCUCGCUCCUCCUCCUUGGUAUGCUCUGCUCUGCUUCUGAUUGUCUCUGCUAAUUCAGCUAGGCUCAUGGAGUGCGUGCGAGGUCGAUUCGAUCCGUGGAUGAUUAUUUUGAUCCUCUCUUGAUCUCCCUGGAGCUCUGGGAGGAUCCCUGCCUGUAUGUCCCUGUGUUGUAAUCUUAGCGUUUGUAACAUCAACUUUGGCGCAUAAGAGGGAUUAAUUGAUCACCCAGUUUAAAUGUUGUU